AUGAGUUAUCAACAACAAUCUACCUAUAAUCCUCCAAUGAUACCUGAUAGCCAAAUGUAUCCUCCUCCUCAACAAUCAGGCAUGUAUCCCCCUCCUCAGCAACCAGAAAUGUACCCCCCUCCUGCUCAACCAGGAAUGUAUCCUCCUCCUCAACAACCAGGAAUGUACCCUCCUCCUGCUCAACCAGUGUACCAAGUCCCUAUAGAAGAACCGAAAAAGAAGAAGUCAUCAUCCUCAUCUUCUUCAUCAAAUGAUGAAAAAGAAAAACGUCAAUUUGAGAAUUCAAAUAUAUUAUUUGUCUUAGGUAUAUUUAUUCCAGUGUUACAAUGUAUAAAUUGGAUGUGUAUUUUUAGAAAACCAAGAAGUGAUAGAGUUAGAGCUAAAAGAACUAUUAUGAUUAUUUUCUCUUUUGUAGAGACUCUCAUGUGUACAGCACCAGUACUUUUUAUUAUUUUUGUAUUAGUGAUGAUAACUUCUAUGAAUGCAUCGUCAAAUUUUUAA